UAAAGGGUACAACCACACACUCAAUAACUGGGGUUCUGAGCAGUGCAUGGUGUUACAUCAUAUCUAGAAGUAGCUUUAUAUAACAAGACAUUUGCUAAACCAAACACAUAGAUACGAAACUGCAAAAACUUUAAAAGACUUAUAGAGAAGCUCCAAAUAGCUGUUGUUCCAGGGACCGAAAGCACAUUAAAUCGAACCAUUCAAAGUUGUGUUUGAAGUUUUAGCCUCAUCCCCAAUACGUUCACAAUUACAAUGGUUUUUCUGAAACUCAUUCUACUCACCUAUAUUGCAGCUUGGUGCGUGUUUGUUUCUGGAGAGAAUGUGAUUACCUGUGAAGGUGAUGUCCAUCGCCUUGCUUGUGACACUGGACUGAUAUCGGUGAAGUCUUCUUUUUAUGGCCGGACUGACAACCAUACCUGUGGUAUUAACUGGUCCACAUAUGAGGCAGUCAAUACCAGCUGUUCUUUAAGGGUUCACACUAUUGCUGACAGAUGCAAUGGACUUAAAGAGUGUGAGAUAAAGACAGAUUUUCUUGCCAACGAUGACCCCUGUUAUGGAACUUACAAGUACUUCAACACCACUUAUGUGUGCACGAAUGGCCGAGUUGAUGUGAUCUGUGAGCGAGGCUAUAGCACACUGGACUGUGGAGAUGGUACCAUUCACAUCAUAAAUGCAAACUUUGGCCGUGCCGAUUCAGCAACUUGUUCCAAUGGACUCUCUAACAGUGUGCUCCAGAACACCAACUGCUAUGCUCCAAACACACUCACCACUGUGGCUGAACUGUGUGAUGGACAGAGUAGAUGCACUGUAGAAGCUUCUUCCACCAUCUUUUCUAAUCCUUGCACUGAGACUGUUAAAUACCUCACUGUAUCUUACAUGUGCACUAGAUUAACAGUGACCUGUGAACAUGACACUGCUGUGCUGACAUGUGGUGCUCAGCAUUUAAAGAUCAUCAGCGCUAAUUAUGGCCGAACUGAUUCCGCCACAUGUUCUUCACAACGACCUGCCAAUCAAAUAUCUUAUACAAAUUGCUACAUGCCUGAAACACUUAAUAUAGUUGCAGCUAGAUGUGAAGGAAAGAGCAGCUGUGCAGUGCCUGCAUCAAAUGGACUCUUUUCUGAUCCCUGCGUUGGCACCUUUAAAUACCUGACAGUUAUGUACGCCUGUGUUUAACUGUUUUUUUUCUCUGUCAUAUGUCUAAUGAACAAUAUAUCUUACUGAGCUACACACAGCAUCAUUUAUACACUGAUUUACUGUAUUUGUUUCCCUUUUUUUUGGUGGUGGUGGUGGUGUGGUGUAGUUGUUAACACUGUGACCUCACACUUACAGGGGUUGAGGGUUUGAGUCUGUGUUCUUGCUGUACUUGGUGGGUUUUCUCCAGGUUCUCCUGUUUCCUGCCACAGUCCAAGUACAUACAGAUUUGGCUUAGUGGCAUUUACAAAUUACAGUGUGUGAGUGUGUGAAUGUAUACAAGAUGCCCUGUGAUGGACUAUCAUCCAGUCCAGGGUGUUCCAACCUCAAUAAAGAAUAAAGAAUA